AUGAGCCAAGAAGCUAAACUGUAUGAAAUAACUGAUGGAUUGAACAGUCUUUCGAAUAAACUAGAUCAAGUCAAUAAAAAAUAUGAUCAGAUUUUGAUCAUAGAUACGGUAACUUGAUGCAACCUUUUCCUAUCGAAAAUUGAAAUUUCUCUAGAUCUUCAUGGGUGCUCUUAUCAUGAUUGUCUUUUUUACACUCCUCAAUUUGAUUUUAUUGAUUUGCACCUGUUCGAGUUCCGAUGAAAAAGAGAAAGAGGAGAAGAAGAAGCAAGAAGCUUCUCAAACUCAAGAAUCGCAGAAGUCUCAAGCUAGUAAAUCACCAAUGACUAUUUUCAUCGAACCAGCUUGCUCGAAACCAAAUGUUUCUGUGAAUACUCAAGUCUUGCUCAGAGAAUCUACUCUGAUGAAGGGAAAAUCGGCAGCGAAGAAGAAAAAUGAGAAGAUAUCAGAUUCAGAUUUGAAGACUGCUCGAAGUGAUUCAGAAAAAAGUGAGAAUAAAUCGAAAACGAGCAAUUCGAUGACGUCAUUUACAGUUCCGGAAAAUGGAAAUAGUUUGAAAGAGUCAUCGAAAAAAUCUAUUGAAGUCUACGUGCCAGUUUUGACUAUCAAAGAUGAUAUUAAGAAUUGA